GGCACUGAUGUCACAGUGCACGCUCCAGCUAGAACUUCCAGCAUCCAGCAACGGCCACAACACAACCCUUGGCUCCUUGUGUCAGCACGCUCUUCACCCUGCUCCAGGCCUACCCCUGUCACCUUGUUGUCACCUGCUCCCUCAUACCCCCAGCAGUCCCAAAAGCUCCCCGUUGAGUGCAUUUUGCUCUCCAUCCCUGCAGGAUGUCUGCAUUUGCUCCAAAGAAGGCUGUCACAGACACAAAGGAGGAGAUGGAGGUGGAUGUGAAAGAGAUGGAGGAAGAGAUGGAUGUGGAUACACAGACGGAUACAGAAGAGGACAUGGAAGUGGACGGGGAGGAUACUGGAGAGGAAGAGAUGGAGGUAGAUGAGACAGAGGAAGAAAUGGAGGUGGACAUGGAAGAGCACAUUGAUGUAGAAGACGAGGAGGAGGACAUGGUGUUGGGAUGAAGACCCAUGCCAGCAGCAGAACAGGCAGGACUGAGGCACAUCCCGGACACAGAUGCCACCCUGCUGUAUAUACGUUUUACAGUUGUUGUGUUCAUGAUA